AUGUGGGCUUUAUCAGAAAGUAUUAGAACAUCAUCGGGUAUUCAUCUGCGCAAAAAGCGUUUGAUUGAUAACACUCUUCGCGGAAAUAGACCAGUGACACUUGAAAAAGUUCCCUAUAUUGUCAGUUUAAGAGCAAAUCGAUCUUUUGUAUGUGGUGCUGUAAUAUUGUCGGCUAAUGUUCUCCUAACUGCAGCUCACUGCCUUAAAAAACCUGCCAAAUAUAGCAUUAAAAGUGGUUCAGCACUAAGAAAUUUUGGAACCUCUCAUGCUGUCAGAAGUGUACAAUUCUAUCCAAUGUUUAACGUGACUCACGGUUUUGUGCAAGAUCUUGCUUUAAUCCUUGUUUCUCCUCCUAUCGACUUGGUUCGUUCAAAAAAUCGAAAAAUAGAAUUCUAUGAUGGACCUCUAUAUCCAGGUUCACCUGUUACCCUCAGUGGCUGGGGAUGCACAGAUAUAAUAGGAGGCAGGCAAAUAUAUCCUUAUGGAUUGAGAUCAAUAGUCUUGCCUAUUGUAAGCCAAGAGGAUUGUCGAAACACUUAUAAAAACGUUUAUAUAAUUGAAGACAAGGAUAUUUGCACUGGUGGGAAAGAAUACAAAGGCACUUGUUUUGGUGAUUCUGGAGGACCUGUGGUAAUCAAUGGCAAGUUGGCUGGUAUUAUGUCUUGGCAAGUACAACUAGUUUCCACCCAAAAAGAUCCUAAUGUCUCUUCGAACCUGGCUUAUCCUGCAUAUCGAAGUUGGAUCAUUUCAACAAUGCAACACCUUGAAUACAUAGCACAUCUAUUUUCCCUCAAAUUUCAGCGUAUGCGCGACACUCAGAUGCGCAAAACUUGA